ACCCAAUGGCUGCCAACUCAUCGUAAAUUGUUGACAAUUGUAGUCAUGCUACGUGGGCCAAAUAAUUUUUAAUAAAAAUAAUAAAAACAUUGUGUAAUUCUAAAAAUUACAACUAAAUGAUUUAUAUAUUUAUGAAAUAUUAAAAAAUAAAUAUUUGAUUAAAUAAAUAAAUUAAAAAAGUAAUUAAUAAUUAACAAUAAAAUGAGUUGGUUAAGCUGCGUCGUUGUGACGUUGCUUCUAGUGAUUGUCAAUGUCCAGGGUAUAUCUUGGCGAAUGGAUCCAAAUGGUUUAAGAUGUUUGAAAGAAGAAAUGCAAGGAAAUGUUCUUGUUGUUGGUGAAUAUGAUGUAUCAGAAGCACCUGGACAAAGAAUGGACUUUGUGGUUAAAGAUUCAAAAGGUCAUAUACUUUAUCAAAAAGAAGACAUACCACAUGGUAAAACUUGGAAGUUUACAUUUGUCACUGAAACAAUUGACACAUUUGAAAGUUGUUUCAAAUCACAUGUACCAAAUCACAUACGAGGCAAUAAACAAGAUGUUACAUUAAAUGUUAAACAUGGAAUUGAAGCUAAAAGCUACGAGGGUAUUGGUGAAGCAGCUAAAUUGAAACCAAUUGAAGUUGAACUUAAACGUUUGGAAGAUUUAUCAGAAGCAAUUGUUCAAGACUUUGAUAGAAUGCGUCAAAAUGAAAAACAUAUGCGUGAUACAAAUGAACAAACAAAUGCACGUGUAUUUUACUUCAGCAUAUUUUCAUUGUUUUGUUUGAUUGGUCUUGCAACAUGGCAAUCACUCUACUUGAGACGUUUUUUCAAAUCAAAAAAACUCAUUGAGUAGAUGUUUUAAUAAUACUAAAACAAAUAAUCUUCCAUGUACAUGCAAAUCAAGAAGGAAGAAUAAUUUGAGUAAAGCAAAAAAUAAACAAAAAUUCAAUUAAAUAACUCAAGAUAAUACUUUUGUAUAAAAAAAACAUUAAAAACAAAAAAAAAAAAAAAAAUGGAGAUAAACAACACGAUGUACCUUGUACAGAAUUAUCGUCAAUCAUUGUCAUUCAUUUUUUUUUUUUAUUAACAUCAUCAUAAGCAUUGUUGCUAUUUACUUUAAAAGAAAAAUAAAAAAAAUUUUUUUUUUGUCUAUUCGAUAAA